UUUAACUAUAGUUUUUUUUUUAUAGGUUUUUAAACAAUUUAUUUUGUACGCGAUAAUAAUAUCAAAAUAUAUACUUCUACUGUAUUAUAGGCAGGAAGUGUACACACAAACGACAUCAUGACGAUUACUGAGGACAGGUAGGCAAUAAUGUUAUGUUUGUUGUCAUCGUUUACAGACGCGGCGGAACACUGCAGCAGCCGGUACGGAUCGGCCGCGCGCGCGAUCGACUACGGUUACCAAGUGUGCCGUUCACGCGGUUUUCUCGGCGCUGCGGUUAAUUAUUUCCCGUCGGCCGUUCAUCCGCACUGAUCCUGUUAAAAUCAACAGACGAAGUCGGCGCGUGAGGGGAAAUCGAAAACUUUUCACGCGUCACCGACGGGCACGUCGCGCUUGCCGCCGCGUAUCAGGUAACGUUCGCGGCGUCACACCGCGGAAAAGCGCGCUCGUCUGCCGGUCUUCACGGCGCAUGCCGGGCAGCGGCGGCGGCGGCGGCAGUCGGUCGCCCACGGACACGCUAUAAACUUAUUCGAUUAUCGACCGACGGAGCCGCCGCGACCGCCACAGCAGUCGCGCCGCACUAUACCAGCGUACCGCCGCCGCCGCCGCCAGUAGUAACGCCGUCUCCGGUCGGAACGCUCAACGUUUGGCCGGCGCGCGCUCGUUCGGUCGUGGUGUGUGUGCGUCGCGUGCGAUCUCCUCCGGCGUUAGGCGCGUGUGAUGACCGUCGUCGCGGUACCGCGGUGGUGGUGAGCUGCAGGGAUAUCCGGUCGGGAAAACCGUCGAAAAUCAGUCUGUUGCGGUUGUGCUCAACUCGGAGAAAUUAUGCGGCUGAAUUUAAACAGUACCCAAGAAUCGGAUAUAAAAGAGGAGUGCCUGGAUGGAGUUAAAGCAAAGACAGGAUUAGUGCGAGUGAACGAUUCUAAUAGAGGUUCAUUAACUGUACGGCUGGUGUUAACGCUAGAAUGUCUGAAACUCCAGAAACAAGAAGUUGUCGACAACCAUCAGUCGUCGUCGUCUUCAUCGUCCGAGGAUACCAUCGACAACUAUCAACCUAGUCCAAACUAUUAUUUGAGAUAUGUGACCGUGACAAGAAAAAACGGUAGCCUUGGAAUAAGCGUCAAAGGUGGUCAAGAGAACAAUUUACCGAUAUUGAUAUCGAGAAUUCCCGAAGGAGGAGCCGCUUACCACACCAAAAGGUUAUUUGUAGGAGAUGCUAUUAUAAAAGUGAACGAUCAGUUGAUCACAAACGCUUGCCACGACGCGGCAUUACACAUUUUGCGGAAUUCUGGAAAUCAUGUUACAUUAUUAGUCAAGCACUACAAAGCUGCAGCGCCUUUUUUAUUAGGAGCUAGAGGGAAGAACAACAACAAUAACGGAGAAAGUGACACAGAAGAUGGACCGUGGGUGGAUUAUCUUAUAAUACCACUGAUGAUGGGUUAUGUAACCAGAUACGUGCAGGGUACGGACAAACUGCGGCGAAACGGUUUCGAAGUGCACGGAAUGAACGAUCAGAAUUCUACAAUCAUACAUUGCGAUAAUGUCAAAAGUUUGUCCGAAUGGGUUAAACUUAUUUCAGAGAACAUUUCAAAUCUCUCAGAAAUACAAAUUAAGCUGUACAAUUUAAAUUUUGGUAUCAACGAGAAAAUUGAGUACAUGGGAUGGGUAAACGAGGGGGUGCUAAACAAUAAUCAUCCUUGGCAAAGUUACUGCGCAAGAUUCAUGAUAAUCAGAGGUCGUGACGUAUUGCUUUUCGACACACCACCGAUGUCUAUUACGGAAUGGCUAGACUGUGGUGUCGUGUACAAACUGUACGAGUCCAUGUUGAGACUAGUGAAGGAUGCGGAAAACGUGGACCAGAGACAAAAUUGUUUUUUACUACAGACAUCCAACGGCGUGUCCCGGUACUUUUCAAUGGAAACAAAACAGGGUUUACUGGACGUACAGUGUGCGUGGCAUAGGUCGAUAUGCACGUCAAUGAUGCACAUCAAAAGCAGAACGUUUUACGUGUUGUUUGGUAACAACCAACAGCCAUCGAACUUGAUAUUGGACUGGGACAACGGAUUCACAUUAUACGACAACUGGACAAAUUCAAAUGUUUGGACGUACAAGUUUUCUGAGCUUCGUGGCUCCUCGGACGAUCAUAUUUCCCGGCUAAAACUUCACUUCAACGAUAAUGGCUGUAUUGAAACAAAGGAAUUGGUCUGUCAAGAACUGCAGAGCUUGCUGUUCUGCGUGCAUGCGUUCCUGACCGCCAAAGUGGUGUCCGUAGAUCCUUCGUACUUGAACACCGAAGGGAUUCAACAGCUGUAAGACGCGUUGCUGGCAACUGCACUUUACCUAUAAUGUUGUGUGUAGCAUCAUAGUAUUGUAUAAUUUAUAAUACUGAAUGUAUAAAUCAAUAUGUUGCCGAUUUGCGCACGAUCUGUAAACAAUAUAUUAUAGACUCAGCUAUAGACCGCGAUUGUGCAUAUUAUUAGUAUAAUAUUUUACUAUUAUUAUGGUUGUUUAUAAAUAUUCAAUAAUAUUAUAAUAAUGUACCUAUUUUAGGAAACGUCGUAUAAUUUUUUUACGUGUUAGCGUUUCAGGCCGUCACCGCGUGCUAUAAUAAUUACCGUAUAAACGAUUUGUAUUAUAUAAAAUACCACCUCCCUUCAAUAGACUUAAUAUUCUGUAUUACUUGACUUUUAUUAUGGCAAUAUUGUCCAUUGUAUAGGGAUACCUAUCACUGCUACAGUACUACGAUAAAGUUCUGCAUUUAUCUAUACAUAGAGUUUGCGCUUACGUCGCGAAAUCGGGGCGAGGUUGGAGAGAUUGUUAUUAUUUUUGAUAUCCUGAAAUUUGAAUGUUCCGCCUUGUGGUGUACUGCCUAAGGGUUUCGACAUGUCUUGAGUUAAAAUUCUAAGGAGAAAACUACAGCUCUCACCAAACAACAUUAACUUAAAAUAAUCCAUAGAAGUUCAUCCCUUACAGAUGAUUACACAUUUUAUAUCUUGGGAAAAUCGAAGAAUGUAUUGUGUUUAUAACAAUGUGGCUUUUUUUUAUACACAAUACACAUAUAUAAUAUAUGCGACAAAGUCCUAAACCAAGUAAGCCAAUCAUAGAAAUGAUCUACCCAAAACUUUAUAUACACUCACCAGUUUUUGACACUAAUUAUUAAUACGAAAAUAAUUUACUUUGAAUAUAUCCAAAUGUAAUAAAAACAAAAAAAACUAUUUUGUUAUCAAGCUCCCCCCCAAACGCCCCACCUCUAGUUGCGACACCGCGACUAAGCCUUAUUAUCGUUGAGAGUAUUUCAUACAAUACUUAAUUAAUAUUAAUAACACAUUGAUCUUGUAGAGGCUGCAAUAAACAAUUAACACAGGGUAGAUUAUACGAAGAUAUUUCAAUUGGGGUGAAUAUAAUAAUUCUGUACAUCUUUCGUAGAAUAAUGAUAAUUUAUUAUAUUAUUAGAUACUUAUUUCCACAAUAGUGCGCAAAAAUGUUAGAAAAAUAAAUUUUUAAUGACAUGAUAUGUAUCUCUAUAUAACUAUAAUAUACUAUGUAUAUUUUUAUUAAACAAUAAUUCGAGUUGUGGUUGUUAAUUAGUUUGUUGUGACUAAUGUGUAAUUGUUUUUAUAAUUCAUUAUAUUUUAAAUAAUUCAACGUCUCAUUU